AUGGGUAGCGCACUGAGCAAUAUGUUCCCGCCAAAGGCCAGCUUGACCGAAGCAAAUUUGCCUGAUCAGAGCGACAAGGUGUUCAUUGUCACAGGAAGUUCAGGUGGCCUAGGAAAAGAACUUACCAAGAUCCUCUACCAGAAGAACGCCAAAAUCUACAUGGCGUGUCGGUCUGAAGCCAAGACUGCAGCCGUGAUCAAGGAGCUGAAGGAAUUGUAUCCCAAUUCCCAUGGCCACGCCGAGUACCUCCACCUGGAUCUGAACGACUUGACCACAAUCAAGCAAUCCGCCCAAGAAUUCCUUAGUAAGGAAACUCGUCUUGACGUCCUCUGGAACAACGCCGGUGUCAUGACCCCACCGCCGGGUUCCAAGACUGCCCAGGGCUACGAACUGCAACUGGGCACCAACAAUCUCGCUCCAUUCCUUUUUACCCACUUCCUUCGCCCGGUACUGUCUGGCACGGCCAAGGUUGCACCCAGAGACUCAGUCCGAGUUGUCUGGGUAUCUUCUAGCACGGCGGCCAUGGCACCGAAGCCUCCAAUCGAUUUCAGCAACUUGGAUUAUGCAAAGGAUGAGAGCCAGAUGCAAAAGUACGCGAGGAGCAAGGCUGGUAACGUCUUGCACGGAACGGAAUUUGCGAGAAGAGUGUCUGGAGAAGGUAUCAUUAGUGUUAGUCUUGACCCCGGAGUCUUCAUGACGGAUCUGCAGCGUACCAUGCCGCUAUGGCAGUUGAUCAUUGUGAAAUUCCUCGCGCAUAAGCCGAUCAAUGGCGCAUACACUGAGCUUUUUGCCGGCUUAAGCGCUACCAUUACGGAGAAGAACAACGGUGGCUGGGUGGUACCCUUUGGUCAGCUCGCAGCUGGACGAGAGGAUCUCCGCGACAAGGAGCUAGGCAAGAAGUACUGGGACUGGACGGAGAAACAGCUCAAGCCAUAUACUUCGUGA